GUUAGAAGAGAUUUGGGAGGUCGGAAGAAGCCAAUGGUCAACAUGAGCGGCCAAAACGAGUCCGAGGUCGAGAGUCUGCUGAUGAGUCCGUGCUGGAAUCAGUCGACGAGCGUGCAGGACCAGUACCUGCUGGAUGGGCACAAGCUGUUGCUGGAGGCGGAUCUGGAGUCGCUGCCGAGCGACUCGGAGACGCAGAAGAGUUCGAUGGAGGUGUUGGAGAAUCUGCUGCUGAACAGCAGUUCGAUCAAUAGUAGCAAUUCGAGUAGCGACGGGGACGUGAAGCCGCUGCCGUCGUUUACCUCGUUCAAUACGGGCCACCUGUCGAUCAAUGGGAUCUCGGGGUACCACUAUACGGCGAUCGCGCAGCGGUUGCCGGAGGAGAACAACAACUACCCGCCGAGUUCGUUUCCGAACGGGGGGAGCAAUGGCGGGAGCAACGGGGAUAACAAUAUAGUGUCGUCUUCGACGUGCCUGCCGGAUUCGGUGCUGAAUCCGGACGGGAACGGCGCGGACAGCUGUCUGCAGGACGUGAAGCUGUUCUCGGACAGUUCGAUCGACGGGAAGAUCUAUUCGGCCAGUGCCGAUAGCUGCGUGAUCAGUGGGCCGGACUCGGUGUCCGGAGCGCGGAUAUUCGUCGAUUCCAAAGAACUGUCCGAGUAUGACAUGAGCUCGAUCGAGGACAUUGCCGCGAUCAUCGGGUCGGCGAUCGCGGACACGACCGUGCCGAAUAACAAGGUCGAAAAGGAGGACGGAAAUGACACGCGGGACUCGUGGAUGGACCUGGACGCGUGGAUCGAAGGGACCUGUACGACGCCCGAGAGCAAACUCAUCGUUGGCAACUCGGAACUCAACGAGCUGAUCCUACCUCACUCUCCGGUGCACACGUCCGGCUCGACGUUGCAGAACCUGCUGACGCACGGCUACAUGCCCCUGCUGCAGAACCGGUUACAGAACGGACCCCCCAUCAAGCUCGAAACCCCCACCUCAACGUCCUACUGUGGCGAACUCAUCUCGACUUCAACUAGUCCACCGGGCUCGGUAGUGUCCACUACCGACAACCUGAUCCUCAACGGAAGGUACCUGCAGAAUCAUCAAAACUCCCACUUUGCCCUCAACAUGGGCCUCAAACCGGACGGCCUGUGCAGUCCGGACCUCAUAGGGAACUACCCCCACACCACUACCACGACCCCAACGACACCAAAAAACAAACGGAGACCGCACAAACAGUCCAAAGCCAACGGUCACUCCCACCACCAGCAACAGCAACAACAACACCAACACCAACAACACCAGCAACACCAGCAACACCAACAAUCCCAGCAGCAACAACCCUCCCUCCAACAACAACAACAACUCUCAGCCGCCGCCGCCGCAGCGGCCGCCGCCCAAACCCAGGCCGCGCUCAGCUUCCAGGCGGCCAGCGAACUGAGCGGCCUGCUCGGCAAGGACAAACCCGUCCACCGGUGUAACAUCUGCAACCGGGGCUUCCUCAACAAGAGCAACAUCAAGGUCCACCUGCGGACGCACACCGGCGAGAAACCGUUCCGCUGCGAGGUCUGCGCCAAAGCGUUCCGCCAGAAGGCCCACCUCAUCAAGCACCAGCAGAUCCACAAACGGAUCGGCCGGGAUUGACCAUUAGCAGCAGUAGUGGUGACGACGGACUC